AUGGAAAGUGAAGUGAUGCCUCCUGUUCUCGACACUCCUCUGAGCCCUGAGAACCAGAACGGGUUAGGGUUGAACCAUCUUCUCUCACCAAACACCAGACGUUCUGGGCCGAGUCUCAGCAGUCCUCAGGAGUUUCACCAGUGGUUGCCUUGCCGCCAUGACGCCAGCCUCCUGCUCAUUAAAGAGGACCUGGCACUGUGGCUCAGCAAAACAAUGGGUGUGAACUUCACAGCAGACAGUCUGAUCGAACAGUUGGAUAACGGCGUUCUCCUCUGUCAGCUGGCAAAGCUGCUCCAAGAGAAGAUGGUUCACACCAACAAGGGAAAGCCGAUGGCCAAAAGAGUGAUCAACUGGCGAGCCAGUGCAACUUCUGGAUCAUUCUUCGCGCGAGAUAAUACCGCCAACUUUCUCUACUGGUGUCGACAGAUCGGCAUUGAUGAGGCGUACCUUUUUGAAUCUGAAGAUUUGGUCCUUCACAAGCAGCCUUGGGAGGUGUGCCUGUGCCUGAUGGAGCUGGGGAGGAUCGCAGCCAGGUAUGGACUGGAGCCUCUGAGGCUGUUGACGUUGGAAAGAGAGAUAAGAGAGGAAGUAGGGUGUUUGUCUCCAUCAUCUCCACUCUCCUUUGUUCCUCCAGCAUCAUCACAAUCCCCCCUUCCCCCAGCCUCCUCCUCUCCUCCUCCUUCAUGUUCCACCUCCACUACGACCCAUCUGGCUGAACCUCUCGCUGCCUCCCUCUCCUCUGAUCUUCCAUCAGCCACGGCAAACACAGCGCCUGCAUCAACCACGGCCUCCUCACAAACCCCUUUGUUCUCGUCGUCCUGCGAUGCUGCUGGCACAUGUGCUGCACCUCAGCUGUCGGACCAAAGUCUGGUGUCGACUGUUGACAUCUGCCCCACCACGAUAAACCAACACACACCUCCCAUCACCCCCCAACCUGCAACACAUUCAUCCAACAAAUCUAAAAGCCGAAGGAGUGCAGGCACCAGCAUUUUGGAUGACAUAGUGAAAAAUAUUACUGAAACCCCCCCGUGCAGCUGUCCCACCAAGUUUCCUGUUGAGAAGCAACCCAAAAGCUGCUACCGUGUCGGCGACAAAGUUCUGUACAUCCGGAUGCUGAGUGAGCGUCACGUGAUGGUCCGUGUUGGUGGCGGGUGGGAGACCUUCACAGGUUACCUGCAGAAGCAUGACCCCUGCAGAGGAGGAGGGGGGACUCCCAGCAGGUCUGAGGUCAGGUGCUGCAGACACAAAGUGAAGCCGCUGGGCCUGAACGUGUCUCCGGACACGUACAUGGUGGUUGGAGCCCAUUGUCGAGGCAAGAAGUAG